GUUCUCGCGGGACCCGUGUUCUCGGGGGGACCCGUGUUCUCGCGGGAGCCGUGUUCUCGGGGGGACCCGUGUUCUCGCGGGAGCCGUCCUCACCGUGGCCUCCCCUGCAGCAUCAUCAGCCGGUGCGUGCGAAGCUUCAAGUACCUGUACGGGCUCCGCUUCGAGGUUCGGGAGCAGCACAGGCUGCGGGAGGCCCGGCCCUGCGUCAUCGUCUCCAACCACCAGAGCAUCCUGGACAUGAUGGGCCUCAUGGAGGUCCUUCCUGAGCGCUGCGUGCAGAUCGCCAAGCGGGAGCUGCUCUUCCUGGGGCCCGUGGGCCUCAUCAUGUAUCUUGGGGGCGUCUUCUUCAUCAACCGCCAGCGCUCCAGCACCGCCAGGACCGUAAUGGCCGAGCUUGGGGAGCGCAUGGUCAGGGAGAACCUCAAAGUGUGGAUCUACCCCGAGGGCACGCGCAAUGACAACGGGGACCUGCUGCCUUUUAAGAAGGGUGCUUUCUACUUGGCAGUCCAGGCGCAGGUACCCAUCGUCCCUGUGGUUUACUCCUCUUUCUCCUCCUUCUACGACACCAAGAAGAAGCUCUUCACCUCAGGAACAGUCACGGUGCAGGUGCUAGAAGCCAUCCCCACCCUCGGCCUCACCGACGCGGACGUCCCUGCGCUGGUGGACACCUGCCACCGGGCCAUGAGGACCACCUUUCUCCACAUCUCCAAGAAACCCCAGGAGAACGGGGCCACCGAGGGGCCCGGUGUGCAGCCGGCCCAGUAGCCCAGACCAUGGCAGGGCAGGACCUGGGGAGGGCAGGCGGGAAGCUGAUGGCUGCAGGAUGGGCCAAGGGGCCCCCCGCCCAGGCUUCCAAACAUCACUGUGGCUGGCCCCCCGGCCCUCGUGGGCUCUGGAAGCGGGAAGCCCCUUUUGUCACUGGCCUCAGACACAGACUCCUGGCGUCCCCUGAGAGGGGUCAGCCAGACCGUCCCCAAGCUCGGAGGGCAGGGUCUCGCCUCCUGGUGCCUCUGGGAUGAUGAGGAUGAGGCCUGAGGCUGUGGCCUGCAGGUGGGCUGAGCCACAGGACCCAGGAUGGCCCAGGAGCAGAGGGGAAGACCCCGAGGUGAAACACCCACUGCCAGGCCCUCUGCUCUGGUGCCUGGGACCCACUUCCAGGGUCCCGCCCACAGCCUGCAUCAGGCUCUCAGGGAGAGGAGGGGCCGGGAGGUUGGGGAGUCUCAGACUCAGACACCCGGGACCACAGGGAAGCAUGAAGCAGGGCCUGCCCUCCUGCCAGCCUGGGGGACUCCGUGGGGCCAGCAUUGUACUCCAUUGCUGUUUUUUUAUAAACAAACUCUUGGAAGUGU